AUGAAUUCAACUCUACAACAGGAAAAUAUUAAACCGGAUACAUUAUCCUUAGACUUAUGGGAUGAUGAAGUAAUGGCUAUAUGGGUUCCUAUUACUGUCUACUGGGUUGUCUGUACUUUUUAUGAAAUCUUGAUGAAGUUGAAGAUUCCUUUUUUUGAACAAUAUAGAAUUCACUCACCAGAGGAUCGUCAAAACAGAAAUAGAGUUUCAUUCAAAAAGGUCUUAGUUAUGGUUGCACUUCAACACUUGGUUCAAAUCAUUCUUGGAAUUGCCCUUUUCAAAGGAGUUGACCAUGCCGCAGAUCAGUUAAAGUAUGAACAGGCUAUUGCAAGAUACACAAACUAUAUGACCCCUCUGAUGGUUAAAUGGAUGGGAUUACCAAUAGAAGAGUGUUAUAUAAUGGCACAUCAGAUUGCUAUAUUCAUUCAAAACUAUAUCGUGCCUUCCCUUCAGUUCUUUAUUGCCAUGUUUAUUGUUGAUACACACCAAUACGUUCUUCAUCGUAUGGCACACACUUAUACUUUUAUGUACAAGUAUAUGCACUCACAUCAUCAUCGACUCUAUGUGCCUUAUGCAUUUGGAGCACUCUAUAAUCAUCCUCUUGAAGGCUUUUUAUUAGAUAGUUGUGGUGCUGCCCUUGCAUUUGAGCUCACUGGUAUGUCUCCUCGUCUGGGCAUGUACUUUUUCACCUUUUCCACACUGAAAACAGUAAAUGAUCAUUGUGGUUAUUGUUUCCCUUGGGACCCCUUGACAGUCUGUUUUGGAAAUAAUGUGAUUUACCAUGACAUUCAUCAUCAACCUCAUGGAAUCAAAACCAAUUUUGCUCAACCCUUUUUUACAUUUUGGGAUAAGCUUUUGAAUACAGAAUACCAUCAAGUCAUGAAGGCUAGAGAAGAAGCAAAGAUGAAAAGUAGAUAA